AAUCCGCUGAGCUAUCUAGCUGCCCCCUAAGCACUUCAAGUAUUAAUCAUCUCUUAUGUGUACAAUGCAUAGUGCUAGAUAAAAUUAUUUUCAAUUAAUAGAACCAGAUACUGGGAUAGGAUCAGAAUAAGACUGCCCAAGUUUCAAAAGCUCUUCUAGACUCCAGAUCAGUGUCUUCUAUUAUAUAAUGCUAUAUUUAAAACAGAGGAAAUAGGGAGAAGAGUCAAAACAUGUCAUAAACCAAGAAAAGUCUGGAUCCUACAACAACGUAAGUAGCUUUAUUCAAUUGAUAAAAGUUAACAGAUUCCUCUUACUCCUAUGCAAUAUUCUAAUCCUUUGGGUUAGACUAAUACAGAAAAGUUCAAGAUACAAUUAGAACUAAAAAGGGAGUUGGGAGGGGUGGGGAGAACUGUGGGAAAAUAGUGGCCAUACUAGGAUCUAGAGGUGCCUAAAUGGUCUGCAAACCAAGUAAAGCUUUAAAAUGCACCAGUUAAAUAAAGAAUCACCUAGAAACUCCUUUACUCAGUCUAGGGAUUCAGAGAAGGAUUCUAGAAUUCUGCAGAAAUCCUGAAGAAAAGUGAGGGUAGAGAAAGCAGCCCUGGGACAACUGGAGAGGUUCAGCAUAGCUCUGAGCUCAGUUGUCUUCUCUGGCAGAAGAACCUAGUGUUGGGAGUAGCAAUGGGACACAAAAGCAGGCAGAAGGGCCUCAGACAGGUUAAUUCAGGAGGCUCUAAGUACUGCUAUAAUCUGGUGCUAGAGCAGUCCUAGUGUCCCUUGAUGCAACAGCCCUGUCAUAGCCACUUCAUUAAGGAAAAGGCAGGGUCUUUCCAUUAUAUUCCAGAGUUUAGAAGCAGAGUUUGACAUAACCACAAACUCCCCAAACUAGACACUGAGCUGCCUAGAUAAGGAAACCAAGAAAAACAUCAAAUAUAAGGAAAUACCAUCAACUACAAGAUACCUGGGGAGUAAAUGGAGAAAAAAGACAAACCCACAAGUAAGUUGUUUUACAGUUGAGGGACCUGGUUCUCGGGGAGAUGAAGUUACUCCCCUCAUGUCACACUGGUGAUAAACAUCAGAUAAUGGAAUUUGAACCCAGGGCCUAUAAAUUGAUGGGUAGCCAGAAUAUAGACAUACAGAAGAGAAGCAGAUGUGAGUGGAAGUGGUAUAAGCAAAAGAACUUGAGGCAAAUGAAGAAAGUGCUACAAAAGUGUCCAAACUGGUUUAAAUUCAUAAUGCUACAAAAUCUGUCACCAACCUUAUAUAUGCAAUCUCAAUACAUCAAUCACUAUUGUAUAUAUACUGCACAUAUGUUAUCUAUACUCAAUAUAGCAUAUUGCUCCCUUUCAAUGUAGUGUGUAGCCCAACCAGACUAGACUUUAAAAAGCCCAAGACACACUUUCCCAGCUAGUCCUACAGCCCACUUCCCCUAAUUUCCACCAGAUGAAGACUUGCCCAGCCUUCAAAGUUCUGGCUAUAACAUCUCUUCUAUGUUACAAUCCCUAGUCAUUUCAACUUGAGGAACUCAGGCUAAAUUAACCGUUACUUUUUGUAAAAACCAUUUCCUCUUGAAUUCAUGGCACUUCUGAUUUCAUAGUCAGGUAUAGUCAAGGAACAAUGUGCCAGGAGCUAGGGAUACAAAUAAGAAAAAGACAGUCCUUGCCAUCAAGGAGUUUAUGAUCUAACCGGGAAGAUAAUACCCAAAAGGAGAAGCCAAGAGGAUCAGGCCAGGGAUAGAGUGGAAACCAGCAAAACCUCCUAAGAUAAAUGAGGUUAACUGGAAGAAUCUGAGCCCUCUAUAAAGGGAGACCUUGGGAGGAGUUAAUUGCUCCAGCCUUUCAAUGAGAAGGAGGGGCAACCAAGAGAGCUCAGUUGUGUGGAAGCUGAAUCUAUCUCCAAGAUGAUAAGAUUUCUCAGCUUAUUCUGAGGUAGUCAUGCUAUUUCUUUGAAUGCUUUCUUCUUCCACCUCGUGGAGUGGAAUGAACUUUGAAUCUUGAGUCAAGUUAUCUUUGCUAGGUCUGUAAUUGUGGGCUUGGGCAAAUCACUGUCUAUGUGUGGUCUUCAAUUUUCUCAUCUAUAAAGUAAGGUUAAUGAAUUGGAUAAUUUCUAAGGUUUCUUCCAGUCUUUGAUCUAAUGCUGUUGCAUUAGUUAUUUUUCUAAAUCUACUCUCUCGCUUCUGGAAUGCAUAUUCUUGGAGCAUUUAUACUCUUGAAGUGGUAUGGGAUAAGGAAAAGAAGACUGGAUUUGGGUGUCAGAAAAGCUAGGUUUCAAUUCCAGCUCUGUCAGUGACUAAAUCCUGCACUUUCCCCUUUUCUGACUCUUUUCUCCAUCUGUAAAAUGGAUGUAACUAUCACCUAUUUAACCAAAUCUUGUAGAAAAAGUGUUUUAUAAAACUAAACAAACAAGCUAUUAUUCUCUACUUCACAGAAAGUAAAGAUGGUUUUAGAGAACUCUGUAAAUGUAAGUGGUAUGAGGAUAAGAGCUUGCCUUCUAAGUCUACCUUGGGGCACACCACUGGAUGUCAGCACACAGAAGUUCCUCAGAAAAAAAUUGGCUUCAUUGAGUGUACUUAUCCUAGAUUUACAGUUAGGAGGGAUUUCUAAGGGCCAUCUAACCCAGGCAUUUAAAGUCUUUCAUAACUCGCCUCCAAUCUACCUUUCCAACCUUGUUAACUUUUUCAUACACACACCACAGCCUAGUCAAACAUGUCAGAGCCACACUAAUCGGUCUUCUCUCCAGCAUCUUUCCCCAUCAAAAUUACCUGAUAUUUAUUUUGUAUGUGUAAGUCUGCCCCUCCCUCCCCAUGUAGACUACCAGAGGCUGUAUGUAUGCUCAGUGAAUAGCCCAGGGUCUGACAUAUAAUAGUCGUUUUUUUUUUUAACCCUCACCUUUUGUCUUGGAAUCAAUAGUAUUUCUUCCAAAGCAGAAUGGUAAGAACCAAGAAGUGGGGUUAAGUGACUUGCCCAAGGUCAUACAGCUAGGAAGUGACUGAGUGCACAUUUUAACCCAGGACCUCCCAAUCUCUAGGGCUGCCUCUCAAACUACUGAGCCACCUAGCUGCCCCCUCAUAAUAGUCAUUUUAUACUUGUUGAUUCAUUUUAAAGAGGUGUGUCAUUGUGUGGCCAAAAGCAGGCUCUGCACUCAAGAAACUUACAUUCUAAAGGGGAAGCCAAGUAGCCUAUAGAUACUGGUGGAAUAUACAUACGGGGUAGAUGGGGGGUGGGGGGGGAAGCCACAGGGUGGGGGCAGGAAAGGCCUUCCACUGAAGGUGAGAUGUGAUCUGAGCCUGGAAGGAAGCCAGGCAGAUUUCCUUUUUUUACAGACGAAGAAACUGAGCACCAGCAAGAAUAACUGACUUGCCUAAGGUCACCCGGAGGAUCCAUCUGACGGCCUGGAGCCGGGUGGAUGGAGUCGAAAGGAGUUCCUGAGGCUAGUCGGCCAGGGUUGGGGGUUCGGCCUCAGAAGAGGGUGGGUGGAUUGGAGUCUACACUGCUCAGCUCGGGCCUGGGAGAAAGGGAUCCGUGCCCAGGCGAGGAGAGACCGAGGCCUAAGAAAGAGGGAAGCCGGAGGAGCGGGGGACGCUGCGGGACCCAACGUGCCACCUCGGGCUCUUUGGGGGGACGCACUGACGAAACGGACCGGAAGUCGGCAUACGGCGCCGCGGUCGUGUUCAAGAGAGGGACCACAAUGAGUGACAUUCGCCAUUCCUUGAUCCGCCGAGAUGCAUUAAGUGCUGCUAAGGAAGUGUUAUAUCAUUUGGACAUUUAUUUUAGUAGUCAGCUUCAAAAUGCACCUCUUCCUAUUGUGGACAAAGGUCCCAUUGAACUUUUGGAAGAAUUCAUAUUUCAGGUUCCAAAGGAGCGCAAUUCGCAACCUAAGAGGCUGAAUUCACUUCAGGAGCUUCAACUUCUUGAAAUCAUGUGCAAUUAUUUCCAGGAGCAAGCCAAGGAUUCUGUGCGUCAGAUUAUUUUCUCAUCCCUUUUCAGUCCUCAAGGGAACAAAGCAGAUGAUAGCCGAAUGGUCUUACUGGGAAAGUUGGUCUCAAUGGCAGUGGCAGUGUGUCGGAUUCCUGUGUUAGAAUGUGCCGCAUCCUGGCUACAGCGUACACCUGCGGGCUACUGUGUGAGGUUAGCAAAGGCCUUAGUUGAUGACUACUGUAGUUUGGUGCCAGGAUCCAUUCAGACACUGAAACAGAUAUUCAGUGCCAGUCCUCGCUUCUGCUGCCAGUUUAUUACAGCUGUUACUGCACUCUAUGACCUUUCCUCAGAUGAUCUAAUUCCACCUUUGGAUUUGCUUGAGGUAAUCGUCAACUGGAUCUUUGAGGAUCCUCGUUUGAUACUCAUUACCUUUUUAAAUACCCCAAUUGCGGCCAAUCUCCCAAUUGGAUUUUUAGAGCUAACCCCUCUCACAGGACUGAUUCGCUGGUGUGUGAAGGCACCUCUUGCUUACAAGAGAAAAAAGAAGACUACAUUACCAAAUGGCCACAUGAACAAUAAAAUUGCCAAGGAAUCUGUAGCAGGAAUCGAUAGGGACUUUCACCUUUUAUACUCAAAACUGCAUCUAAGUGUUCUGCAGGUUCUAAUGAUGCUUCAGGUGCAUUUAACAGAGAAGAAUUUAUAUGGACGACUGGGGCUGGUCCUGUUUGAUCACAUGGUUCCCCUGGUUGAAGAGAUUAAUAGAUUAUCUGAUGAACUAAAUCCACUCAAUGCCUCCAAAGAAAUUGAGCUAUCUCUUGACCGCCUGGCUCAGGCUCUGCAGGUGGCCAUGGCAUCUGGAGCCCUGCUGUGCACUAGAGAUGACUUGAGAACAUUGUGUUCCAGGCUGCCACAUAACAAUUUGCUUCAGCUGGUGAUCUCAGGCCCAGUGCAACAAUCAACUCAUACUGCACUGCCACCAGGAUUUUAUCCUCACAUUCAUACUCCUCCACUGGGUUAUCCUGCACAUGCUGCACACCCUGCACACCCUGCACUCCCUGCACACCCAGCUCAUCCUGCACUCCCAGCCCAUCCUGUACAGACGUUUAUACCAGGCAUGACUUUUCCGUACAGGCCUAUCCGUUAAAUGACCUCUAACUUCAGAUGAAUCACAAAUCCAUUUUUCUUUACGUGGUGGAUUUGAGUGAAAGCCUUACAGAGAAGAGGAUUAUUGCUUCAGUCUAUUUUAAAAACAAGACCUUUUAGAAAAAAAUUCUCUUCAUCUCCAACAGAACUAUACAGAUCUAUAAGAUUUGAUAUUCUUUCAAGAUAGCAGUAGAAUGGGCACUAGGAAGAAACAGAUGGUUCACCACAUUAGCCCUAAACUUGGACACAUUCUUUAAAAUUCAAACAGAAUGGACGAAGGAAAAAAAUUAUGGCCCCUCUGCAAAGUGAUUUUUCAGGUCUUAUUUUCUAUUUUUAGUUUACAAGUCCUGUGAACCUGUUGUUAAUGAACAGCACCAUUGUAUUCACUUGUCAAUGUGUAAUUUCAGUGACACACAGCUGUCUGAGCCUAUAAUGAAAAGUGAUUGGUUUUUUUUUCCCUUUACUGAGCCUUCUCAGAAAUGAGAAGCCCCAGAAAAGAAAUCUAGUCUAAUAUGGCAGGAUUUGAAAAUUCAUUUCUCCAGCUGCUCUCUUCUCCUGGUAAAUGUUUGUAAUGAGGCCCUGCAAGAUACAGUGUCUAUUUUUGCAACUAUAUAGAAUCCAGAGAUUGAUGUGUUGUGAUUGCAAGGCACACAUGGCACUUUCCACUGUUAAAGGAAACCUGUAAAGAUAACAAUUGCCCCUACAGUCUAGGAAAGGCACAUUCUUUUGUUUUAUCUAGGUCUCUGAAAUUUCCUUUUAUCUGUUCAAAUAAAUUUUUUUAAAAAAGAAACCUUGUAGACUUUAUGUUAGUAUACUACAAAAAGACAAUUUAAUUUAGCCCCAAAUUAGAUUUCUGCUUCUAUGAUCAUCAUGGCAAGCAAAGUAAAUACAACUUUUAAUUCACCACUGACAAUGUGCUAAUAUCUUGCUGUCAGUGAGAGUAUGAUUUUCUGCUUUGGGUUUGCUAUUAAGGUACAGUAUUUAUAUCAUAACCCUUCCAAUAACAAAAAUGGCCCACUGAGUUAUGAGUUUUUUCCUAGUAUAUCAGUAGGAGUUUUGUAGUACUAGUUUUAGGAGGAGUAAAAGAAUGUGGGUACAAACCAGUUAACAUGUUAUCAUUGCACAAGUAAGCAAAAUUUCAUAAGGAAAUGAGAAGGCAUCAAUGAAUGAUUGCAAUUUCAUCCUAUAGAAAUUAUGGGACAAAUUGGAUAUAGGGACUCAAGUUUAAUUAUGUGGUUUAGCUACUCAUGGUUUCCUAGUCAAAGAAGAUUAAUUUCUAGGGACCAGAUUAGACCAGACUACUUAAUCCAUUCCUGUGUAUUUUUUAUUCUAAAGACCAAAAUUCUAAACAUCUUACAAGACUAAAAUAUAAGCUAUUCAAAAUGCAAAGCAAGUGCUGUAUUUGGUUUAUAUUGAUUAACAUACCUUUUUUUAGAUGUUUCCUUAAACUUGGAAAGAAAUGGUGCUAACCUUGCUAUGUAACUUUUUUCUUAUAGCAUUUCAGCUUUGAAUCAUCUCUGGAACCUAUUUUCCCACUGUUCAGUGACUUUAAAAAGUAUUUUACUGUCAAGACAACAAAAUCAUGAUCUUUCUAUUUUUUUCAGUAGCUUUUAAAGACUAUUAUGUGGGGAAUCUGUUUUCCUAAUUUCCCACUUCAGUAUCUGAAGAAAAUAACCAUUCCUUUUGAGUUUGAUUUCACUAUCAUUAUUGCCUGAAUUUGAUUCUCUUUUAAAUCAGUCGUAAAUUGUUUAUGUGAGGUACUGUUUUUUCCAGGGUUGGGCGAGGUAUGGAUGCCUCCAUCUCUUGCUGAUAGCUUCAGAAUGUACAUAAAACUGAACAAAAUCCAAAUGAUGCUUUUUUCUAUGAAAUGGAAGUAUGGUGCCAGCUGCUUGUGAAAAGCACCAGAAAAGACAUCUAAAUUAGGCUACUUUUGCUUAGAAGGAAUUGUUCCUGAGUAAGAUAUGACAUUUCCCUGGCCAUUUACAAUACCAUUGAAGAGCUACCAAGGGCUUCUCUAACUCAUCUUUCUUGGCUCCAAUACCAAGUAUGAAUGACCAUAUUACUUGGUAUUUUACAAGAGCCAGGGGGAAAAUGUGUCUCUAAUGAAUGGAAAAUGAUGUUUCACUUUGGCAGUGGAGACCAGUUAAGGGCAGGUAAAAUGUAGGUAGAAUGAGGCAGAGGCUUGUGUGCUGCCUUUGGAGUGAUGAAUUGCUUAAUUCUUUAAUAAUGUAGUAAUUUGUCAGUGCAAAGGUGUGACAAGGAACUAUUACUGAACCUAUAAUAGUUAUUCAGAAACUCAUUUAACUUGAGGCACCUACAUUUGUUAACAUUCUUUAAAGUAGGUACCUUGAAGAAUCAUCACAAUUUCCGGGUUGCAUUAGGUUAGGACUUAGAUAAAGGAUACAAUGACUUCUUUCAUUGACUGAGAAUACUAUAUUGGCUAGCCAGGAUAGAUUAGCUGAGAGAGUUCUGGAUAGAGCUCUUAAAACAUGGAUUCACAGAAUCCUAGACCAAAAAUUGGAAGGGUGCGUCGAGGUCAUCUAGUACAACCUCCAGCCUCUUUAUAACACCCCAUGUCAAUCAUUCAACAUUUCUUCUAAUAAUUAAAAAAAAUAAUAAUUUACCUUCUGUCCUAGUAUCAAUCUGAGACAGAAGAAUGGCAAGAGCUAGGCAAUAGGGAAGUUAAGUGCUUUGCCCAGUCACACACCUGGGAAGUGUCUGAGGCCAGAUUUCAAUGUAAGCCCUCAUAAUUCCAGGCCUAGUGCUCUAGCCGUUGUACUACCUAGCUCCCCCUCUUCUACUACGAUCAGUGAUAGAGAACUUGCUAUUUCACAAGCCAGUCCUCCAUUUUUUAAAGAGCUCUAAUUGUUAGUUUUUUCAUUUUGAAUCAGAAUUUGCCUCUUUUUAAUAUUCACCUUUUGGUCUUCUAUUUGCCAGUACUAAUCAGGACCAAUUUAGUCUUUCUUAGCAUAUGAUAGCCCUUGAGAUAUUUGAAGAUUGCUAUCCCCCAUUAAUUCUUCUAAACAGUAUUAUGAGUGGUUAAGAGUGAUGAUAAAAGGCUGAGGGUUUGUCUUGAGUUACAGGUUUUAACUUGACUCACUUAGUCUGAUGCCUGUCAUACACUAUUCCAAAGUCAGCGACCUUUCUAUGUUAAACUCAGGGCUGUUGUAUUUUAAGGGGGAAUAUUAGGUAAGGGAUUGCUGAGUGUGAAUGUUAAGGGAAGAUAAUAUUCCUUUAUGUAAGAAUUUGCACUUUUGACUUUGAGAAGUAUCUAAAUCAUGCAAGUGCUGAUCCAAAGUGAUUUAACCAGAUUGGCAAUAGUAGAUGAUUAUUUGAAGACAUUUCAGUCAAAGGUUAGAAUUUUUGGUAAUAGUUCAGUGUGUUGGAUGUUAAGUUGACUACUGAUUGCAUUAAAGUUUCUCCCAUUACAUCUGUGUAAAAACUUAAGUGUCACAGUUCAUGCGUGACCUCUUUUAAACGAUUGAGUGUGUUGCAAAAGUGGGGAAAGGCCCACACAAUGUUAGAGAACAGAGCAACUUUUGGGGGAAAGGACAAAAAGUGAAAGAGCAAUUUGACAAAAAAUGGGAGGAAGGGGAGGAAAAGAGAAAAAAAAUGCAGGCAAGUAGGGUAUUUGUUAGUGUGCGCUUGAGAGACCAAUGGAGGAUGCUUGGCUAAAAUUCUAUGGUCAUAGAAAAUAUUUACAGAAUCCUGUGAUCCAUUCCUGCUAACCCUGGUACGGCAGCCCCUUCAGCAGAGCUAGCCAUGGGCCUUUGCUUCCUGAACUUCAGGAUACCAAAAAUCAUUUUUAUCUAUUCUGCAAAUCAGACACUUCUCCACCUUACCAAGCUCUACCAUUGAACAAAUCUGUGGAGAAUUUUUCUCUGAGUUUGUGUGAUCCUAUCUCCUUAAAUCUCUGAUUCUAGUAAGUAUUCCCUCUCACAUUCUGAUAAUUAACAGCCACUCAGUAUACACUAAUCCAAUAAUUGCUUUCAUGAAAUAUGGUCAGUGUAGGCUGCAUAUUUGAGUACAACACACUCAUGAAAAACUGAACAUUUACUCUAUAUUUAAGGAAGAUUGUUUUUGAUGGAGGGGUUUGUGAGAUAUAAAAUAUAUGUAUUCCGUGUCCUCCAGGGGCUGUAAGCUAGUUAGAAAGGACAUACACAUGAAAGGAUGAUUAAGAGUAUGAUUAUAGGGCAAGUAGGUGAGUUGGUGGAUUGAGAGCCAGGCCUAGAGCUAGGGGACCACAGGUUCAAAUCUAGCCUCAUACUUCCCAGCUUUGUGUCUGGACAAGUCACUUGAACUUCAUUGUCUAGCCCUUAAUGCUCUUCCACCUUAGAACCAAUACACAUUAUUGAUUCUAUAACGAAAGGUAAAAAAUUUUUAAAUAUAUAUAUAUAAUCUGCAGGUGAUUGGUUAGUACUGCCUUCAAGCUUACAGUUUAGUAGGAUGGCAAGAUGUAUAGCAUUAGCUAUGUAAAAAAAUAUAAUAAAUGUAGAUGUUUAAUAAGGGCAGAGAUCAGGAAGGAGAGAUCGCUGUCACUCCAGGUAUCAAGGAAGAUGAUAGAGGAAGUCACAUUAAAUUAGGAAGGAAAAUAAAAAUGUUAAAAGGUAGAGAUGUAGAGCCAUGGAGGAAGAAAGAAAAAGGGUAGGAUAAGCUUGGGAAACGAUGUACAUACGUUAGAACAAAUAGUGUGAAGGGAGCUAGGGAAUAGUAGGAAAUAGACUAGAGAGGGUCCCAAGUGCCAACAGAUUUUAUUUCAUGCUCUAUAUAAUUGGGGUACUUUGUCAGCAGAGGUAAGGGAGCAAUGAAGGCAAGGACAUCAAUGAGACAUUAUAGGACAUUAGGUGAGAAGAAAUGAUGAUUUAAAUCAAGAGCUCUUAAUCUUAUUUGUAUUAUGAACCUCUUUGGAAGUCUGGUAAAGCCUAUGGAUCCUUUCUCAGAAUAAUUUGUUUUUAAAUGUUUACAUUUAAGCAUAUGGAAUUUCAGAGGAAACCAAAGGUUAGUGAAAAGUAUAAUUUCUUCUAUCCAGGUUUGUGAACUCUAAAACCUAUCUGUGGACCCCAUAGUAAGAGCUCCUUACUUAGACUAAGGAUACUGUGUUGAGGAAAAAGUAGAAUUGACAGAGCUUGGCAACUGAGUUCACGUGGAUGAGGGAAGAGUCAAAAGAAGAUUUAAAGGUUACAAACAUUGUGCCUAGGGGUGUUGUGAAAGAGAAACGGGACAUUGGAAGGGGAUAGGAUUUUUUUUUUUGGGGGGGGGGGGUUCAAUUUUGGACAUGUCUCCUUUGAAGUAGUAGAGGAUGUCCAGCAAACUAAAGUAAAAUGUAAGUCUGAACCUCAUGAAAAUUCUACUCAGGUGAUCAUUGAAGUCAUGGACCAAGAAAUCUUAAUGUGUACAAUACAGAGACCCAUCAGACACUGUCAAUUUGGUAUUAUAUCUUGGGAAGCCAUGCUGCCAUCCAAGGAGGUGGAAUGUGUUUUAGGACUUGGAAAUGUGGGAAUGGAUGAGAUUAUCUAGAGAGUAGGUGUAGAAAAGACUGAAAAUUGCAAAGGUGAAAGUAAAAAUGGCUGGAUUUGGAACCAAUUGAAUGGCAUCAUUAUUGGGUUUCAUGUUAACUUGGAAAAAGAAAAAAGGAUCUAGUGGAAUUUCCCAGGGACCCAUGCUUCAGACCAUUUUGGAUGAAGGCACAAAUGGCAUGUCCAAAUGUGCAGGUGACACAAAGCAGAGAGACAGCUUACAUACUGGAUGAUGGAAUUUAUAAAAUAAAAGAUUUUGAAGUCUAAGAGAA